AUGUCCGGCUUUGGUAAUUUUGGACAUAAUGUUGGUCAUGCAUUUCUUAAUCAGGGAGUUGGACGCGUUAUAAAUAAUGCCAUACCUGGUGGUGGUAUAUUUGGUGGUACAGCUCGCCAAGUAGCUCGCCAGUAUGCACGUCAAGCAGUAAAUCAUCCCUUUGGCCAUGGUGGUGGCCAUAGACACGGAUUUGGCGGAGGAUCUCAUGGCUAUGGUGGUGGAGGAUAUCAGGGCUAUGGUGGCGGAGGAUAUCAGGGCUAUGGUGGUGGAGGAUAUCAGGGCUAUGGUGGCGGAGGAUAUGGAAAUGGCUGGUAUUGA